AUGGAUGCUCUCAUCACUAAAAAUGAAAAGAAAAUGACUGAAAAUGCUCUGCAGCGUUGCGAGAAGAAGGUUGCGCCGCAUACGCCUCCCGGCGGGCCAUACUCAAUUAUCGGCAUCCAGACGCCCCUGUCACCGAUCCAGUUUGGCACUCUGGGCUGGAUGCUUGAGAGGGAGGCGUCGAAGACCCUGGGGCAGGGUGGAAUCGUCGCCCACGGUAUGGGAAUUGGCAAGACCCUCAUCGCUCUAGCCCUCAUGGCUGUGAAGGGUACCAGCGCCCGGGCCAGGAAAGACGUCGACGCCCCUACCCUGGUCGUCGUGCCUUCGCACAUCGUCAUCAAUCAUUGGAUCGAGGAGGCAAAGAAACAUGCUCCGGAGACCUUCCCUCCUCGGUCGAUCGUCAGGUACAACGACUUACGCAGGGUCGACCUUGAGAAAAUCCCCAGCACGGUUGGAGUGGUCUUCCUUGACUCUCGAAUCAAAGAAUCGGCCAAGAAUAUCCUAGAGCAGUCCAUCAAAGAAAAGGAGCAGGCGAAAGUGGCAAUAUACAAGGCUACAUCGUCCGUGGCCUCCCUCCUACACCUCUAUCGUUAUGCCGCGGUGCAUUCUUUCAUGCUCGAGAAUACCCUGAUCCGACUGUUCAAGCCCGAAGACCUUGAGAAGAUGGCGGACGACAUGGCAGCCAUCGCCGAGAACGAUCAGGACGCCAACGGUCCCCUCAGCCUUCAAGUAAUCUUUCGACUCGCGCGCCAGGAUCAACAACUUCUUGGCCUAGUCUGCCUAUCAUGCAAAGCUAAAUGUGGUACCUUGAGCGAACAUAUUUUCAAGGCCGGAGCAAACAAGAGCAGGUUUCUUCGUUACUCGGAUCAGUACAUGAUGAAACUGGGCAUGGUCGUGCCCAGCGCCAGGCUGUCUAAAAUUGAGUUCCUCUUGAAAAAGUGGCAGAGGGAGGCACCCAACGACAAGAUUAUCGGUUCGUGA